AUGUAUAUAUUUCUUCAUGAUCUUAAUCAAGCAUAUACAACAGGUCAACUACCCUUCAAUGAUGACAACACUACUUUACGUUAUCUUGAUUAUGCUGUUCUUGAACAACAAAUGUCAAUGACUGGUGCAAGUAUGUUUUGGCUUAACGCUCUGCAUGAUACCCAUCUCGAUCAAUUUUUAUCAUUACCAUAUGAUCGAUAUCGCCUCUCAAACGAACAUCGAACUAAUCAGACAACAUCUAUCUCUUUUGGUUUUGGUCAAGAUCUUUCCCAUCAUUUCCUUCUCUAUGCAUUAUCAAACAACAUCAAAUAUGAGCAUCUAGCACUUGCUAUUUACUAUGUUUAUUUAUUCAAAUUAACGAAUGGUGAAAAAGAUUUAUGUAUUGCAAUGAACAUUAAUAAUCGAUAUAGAGAUGAACUAAAAUCUAUCAUUGGGCUGUUCGAGAAUGUUAUUCCAUUACGAUGUCAACUAGAUCCUCAUUGGUCUUUUCAUUCUCUACUCGAUUAUGUUCGAGAAAUAACAACAAAUAGUAUGAAAUAUUCCUAUUUUCCUGUUCAACGUAUUCUCAAUCAACAUUCAAAUGUCCUAAAACCAGCAUUUCUUGAUAUAUCAUUUCAAUUUCUAUCAUCUAUGACAAGAAGUGACAACAAACUAAUAAUGGUUGGUGAGAGUCAACUUUCUUCCAUACCUUUCACAAUGAAUAUUACUCAUAAUAUGAUUAUAAAUAAGUAUGAUUUCUCACUUGUAAUCCAGCAUGAUCUCAAUAUCAAUCAAUUCUCAUGCACAAUCAAUGCAUCACUUGACUUAUUCAAUAGAGACACAGUGGCGAAGAUUUCGCAGCGAUUUCAUUGCAUCUUACAUCAGUUAUCUGCAUCUAUUAUUCACAGUCAAAUAAACAAACCCAUCUAUGAAUUAUCAUUAACAUUACCAAAUGAAAGAUUACUCAUGCAAUCAAUGAAUAAUACACAAGUAUUAUUUUCAUCUCCGCCCACUUGUAUUCAUCAUGAAUUUGUUUGCCAAGUAAUGAAACAUCCACAAAAACUGGCUGUUGAAUUGGAUGAACAAUCGUUGACAUAUUGUGAACUGCUUUAUUAUGUUCAAGUAUUAUCUUUAACUCUUCUUAAUGAAUAUCAUGUUGUUCCAGGUGAGGUUGUGUGUCAAUGUGUUGAGCGAAGUUUGUCAAUGGUGAUUGGUAUAAUGGGGAUUGAAAUGGCUGGUGGUGUUUAUUGUCCAUUAUCACCUCGAGAUCCACAACAUCGUUUACAUGCACUCACGCAACAAACUCAAAGUCGCCUUGUACUUGUUCAUCAUUUAACUAAGACCAAAUUCGAUCAAGAUACUGUUUCACUUGAUACUGACUCAGUAUUAACGAGCCAUGUCACUGAAUAUGUUACUGAUUUGAUUCGGCUAUCGAAAGUUAUAACAGUCUCGGGCGAUGUCGCGUACAUUAUUUUUACAAGUGGUUCUACUGGAACGCCAAAAGCAGCUCAGACUAGGCAUCGAAACUUUACAAAUUUCGUGCAUUCUAUGCAAAAUGCUGGUGUAUUAAACGAGCAUGACAUAGUGUCUCAAAUAUGUGCUCCGACAUACGAUGUACAUGUCAUGGAAAUCAUGGGUAGUUUACUUUUGUGUGCGACUGUUGUGAUGUUACAUCCAUACGGCAAUAUGGAUUUUGAGUAUUUUGCUCACACAGUGCAACAUAAGCAGAUCACAUGUCUUGCACCUGUUCCAACUUUCUUAAAUCAUUUAUGUGAUUUUUUUGCACUUUCCAGUCGAUAUUCUUGGUCAACUGUGCGAUCACUUUGCAUUGGCGGGGAGGCAUUUUCACAAAAACUCGUUGACCGCCUCAGAAGCCAUAGCAAACAUAAGUAUUACAUGCACAAUAUAUACGCACCGGCUGAAUGUACUAUUGUGUCGAUAUGUCAUCGUGUCGACACCGUAUCUAUUAAGAGCAACAUUCCUCUUGGUAGAGUUCUGGCUAAUGAACAAUACAAGAUCCUAGAUAGUUUUUUGCAACCUGCGGCGGUCGGAGAAGAAGGCGAGUUGUUCAUAGGCGGGGUGGGUAUCUUUGCUGGUUAUCUUGGAUGUGAUGACUUAACUACAAAAGCUCUUGUCGAAAUAGAUGGUCAACUAUUCUAUCGAACAGGUGAUCUUGUUACAAUGGAUAACAAUGGUCUUCUUCAUUAUCAAGGAAGAAAAGAUCAUCAAAUCAAACUACAUGGACAAAGAAUUGAACUUGGUGAAAUCGAACGAUGUUUACUUAACACUACAUCUAUUUCUAAUUGUGUUGUUGUGAAAUGGAAUGAUGAUCAUUUAGUUGCAUAUGUUCAAAGUUCUGAUAUUAAUGAGCAAGAAUUGCGUGAACAUUGUCAAUCUCAUCUUCCACCGCAUAUGAUUCCAUCUAUAUUUAUUAUACUUGAUAAAUUACCAUUGAAUCAGAAUGGAAAAGUAGACCGAAAACAACUUCCCUCACCCGAUUUUUCUUUAUCAACUUUGUUAUCGCCCGAUAAAUCUGAUACUCCUCUUAAUCAGUUCGAAGAACGUAUACACUCUAUUUGGUGUCAAGUUCUUCAUUGUAAUAAAAAUCACAUUUCUAGAACUACUAGUUUUUUUAGUAUUGGUGGUCAUUCACUGUUAUUUAUUGAACUUUAUCAUCAUUAUCAAUCAGUAUUUAACUUUGAUGCUCAUACACUUUCCAUUGCUCCAUUUCUUCAACAACCAACUAUAUUUCAACAUUCACAAUUACUUCAAACAGUUAUAGUGAAUAAUAUCAAGACAGCACCAUGGUGCACAUUACAUAUAAAUGAAGGUAUUGCCUCUUUUGCUCAAGAACGUAUCUUUCUCGAUGAACAAGUUCGUUUUUCGAGUGAUAUUGCUAUUUACAAUGAACUGCAUACUUUACAAGUUGUUCAAGGAUCAUUAUCAUUCAAUCGUUUAUUACAAGCACUACGAUGUGUUUUGAAUAAACAUAAAAUAUUACGGACAUCUCUUAUGUUAAACAAUGAUAAUAGUAAUUUAAAGCAAUGCAUUACAGAUAUACAUAAAACAUUCACAGUAACUAUGAAUCAAACAUUUGAAAAUGAAAAGGAACUUCAAAACAUUGUUUAUCAAACAACUAUUAAUCCUAAUCUCUUCCAUUUAUCUAGUGGUCAAGUUUUUCAUGUUGAAAUUCUGAAACAUCAAAUAUCAUUAAAUGAAAAUGAAAAUAAUAACAAUGAGUUCAUAACUAAUUCUGAUGUUCUCCUCAUUGCUUUUCAUCAUGCAGCAUUUGAUCGAGCAAGCCGUUCAAUCUUUUUCAAUGAUCUAUGUUUAGCUUACAAUACUAACACAAUAUCAGCAGAAAAUGAUGAAUCAUUGCAAUAUAUUGAUUACAGUAUACAUGAACGUCUAAUUGAUAUGUCAACAUCUCGUGAAUUUUGGUAUUUACAAUUAGAAGAAUACAAUUUGGAAUCUCGAUUAUUAUUACCAGCUGAUCGACAUCGCUUGUCUAAUGAUCAUCGAUCGAGUUCUGCUUCUGUCAUUCAAACCUCUUUUGACAACGAGAUUUCACAAUUAUUUUUUGACUAUGCUUCUAUACAUCACGUGACACCAUUUCAGUUAGGUCUGAGUGUAUUAUAUGCUUUUCUUUCCAAGUUAACUUAUGGUGAAAAUGAUUUAUGUUUUUCUUGUCUUAAUGCUAAUCGACACAAAACUGAACUACAAAAUAUAAUGGGAAUGUUUGUUUCGACACUACCAUAUCGUAUUCAACUUGAUCCUCAAUGGUCAUUUGAUGAACUGGUUAAAUAUGUUCAAGAAAAAUGUUUAUCAAUUCUUGAACAUUCACAUUAUCCACUUCAACAUAUUCUUGCUAAUUUACAUAUUAAUCAAUCAAAUAUUUCAUUUCUCGAAACAGUGUAUGACUUUAUAACAAUAUCGUCACACAGUGAUGAAUUAUCUUUAGAUGGAGCAAGUUUCAAGCAAUUGUCAUUUAAACAAUCUUUUGAAGUGGCUAAGUUUGGUUUUAUGAUAACAUUUAUCUAUAAUCCAAUGUUGCAAAAUAAUAGAUUAUCAUUUUGUUUAACUUGUUCACAUGAUCUGUUUGAUGAGAUUACAGUUACAAAUAUAGGUCAAAGAUUAGAAUAUUGUAUUCAACAACUUUUUUCAUCGAAAGAAACUAUGAAUCGAAUUGAUACAUGUUUUACAUCUAUAUCGAAGAUUAAUCUUAUUCUACCAGAAGAAACUCAAGAAAUGGAAGAUAUUAUCUUUUGUCGACAAUCACAUAUCAUAAACGAAGCACCAGCAUCAUUUGCACAAGUUCGUCUAUGGUAUAAUGAAUCUUUUCACUUCCCUCCCAACAGAUCACAAGUACCAAUCUACAAAAUGCCUUUUGUUUAUUCUCUCUACUCACAUCAUACUUUAUCAGUACAACGUCUUCAUCAUGCUCUUCAACUAGUCAUUACCAAACAUGAAUCCCUUCGAACAUCACUCAACUUUCAUCCACACAGCAAUCGACUCAUGCAACAAAUCAUCGAUUUCAGCCAGAAUAAUAAUAAAUUAUUUAUAUUUAUUGAAAGCACUUAUACAACACAUGAACAACUCAAUCAUAUCCUAGAUGAAGAAAAAUAUAAUCCUCAACUUUUCGAUCUUAAUCAAGGUCUUGUCUUUCGAUGUCAUCUUGUUUACUAUAAACAAAUCUCUUCACAUCAUCUUCUUUCUCACAAAGAUCUACUUAUCUUCAACUUUCAUCAUGCUUUAUUUGACUUUCCAUCGAUGAAAGUAUUUCU